AUGCCUGUAAUUGCAUCCAAUGUUCAGCUGGAGGUUAUUCGACUAUUUGACGAGCUGAACCAGGAGAAAGGACUUAUGCCAACCUUCAAGGAGACAUUCCGGCUCCAAGAAAGAUAUGUGAACCUUCUUUUCAGUUCCAUCGAAAAGCAUCCUGUCUAUGGAGACAGAGCCAAGACGUACGUACGUGAGAAUAUCAUACCAAACCUGAACCAGCACGACCCGGAUUUACGCGAGGUUUGGUGGAGUGUCGGACGGAUGUUCUACACCAUGGAGGACUGUGACCAAGCAGAAUACUGGCUCCGGCGUGCGCUUCUGAAUGGCUAUAUUGGAGUCGAUAAGGAUAGCAACCACGCUGAGAUUGAACAGAUUCCCAAGAUGAUCUGCAAGAUCUACGCGAGGCAAGGCCGUCCGCAGUUUGCCACUGCUCUUGGACAAUACCUAGAACACCACGUUGGAUAUGAUCCGACAAAGGUACCUGGUGAUCUCGAAAAGGCCGCCGAAUGGUGCUUGGAGCAGGGUUUUGAAGUCCAUACCGUGGGAGAUGAGCUGGUAUUCACUAAGGAGAAGAACGACAGAGGCAGAAGCGCAUUGCAUGAAGCUACCUUGGAUACCAAGGUGAAAGAGUCCAUCAUCCCACUGUUACUGAAAGACGAUCUCCUUGCACUAAGAAACGCUAGCGGAGAUACGGCGCUUCUGCUAGCAGUCGGAAAGUCAAACACUGCAAUGGCCAGACACCUCCUCAAGACACCAUCACUAGUUCAUCUUAGAGAUCGGGAAGGCCGCACGCCGCUCCACAGGUGCUGCGAUCACAAGACAUUGAGUCUACUUCUCGAAGCUCUAAGCGGAUCAAUGCAUCGGUCAAGUCUCACGCAUGCAGACCCAGAUAGUCAUGACGCUUCAUCUCUGAUCGACAUCAACUCACAAGACGCGUAUGGCAAGACAGCGCUGUUUAUAGCAUGUGCGCAGGGAAACCUGAGAACUAUGAGGAAGCUCUUCGACUCAGGAGCGCACGUGAACAUAUCAGUCAACACCGGAGUAUGCCCGAUCUUGGCUUGCUCAUCCUGCACUGGGAUAUCAUUGACGAGUAGAGAGCGGAUGAUCCUACACUUACGUGCCAGGGGUGCCGAUCCGGACCAGCAGGACAUUGAUGGAGACACGGCCAGGAAGGAACUUCGAAAGUUUUACUCGUCGAGCAAGGCGGUGAAUAAGUUCCUGUCUCUUGAUCCCGCAGUGGAGAUAGAGAGGUUGGAGAAGAAGGCUAGAACGGAGAGAAGAGGAGUAACGCAACUGCGAGCACGACGAGGAGUGUGUUUUCAUUGGGACGAGUGUUUAGCUGGGAGACACGGAGCUCCUCAUCGUCAAGUUGACCUUUCAACUUAG